AAACCGAUCCGAACAAGUCGGACCGCCAUCAAGGCAUCAUCAACUGGUUUCAUAAUCAUUUCCCAUCAUCCGCCACUGCUCCCGAGUACCAACUACGAGGAGUGGUUGGUCUCAUUCUCUAGGGCUUCUCACUUGUGAUUUGGCAAUGGCGAAUCAACUUUACGGCUACAACCCUAGCUACGGAGCUGCAGCAGCCAAUCUCUCCUCCGUAUAUCCUUCUCGAUCUGUCACAGAUCCGUUUCUGUCCGAUUCUUCCCUUCUUUCCUCUUCCAGAUAUCUCUCCUCCGAUCAUCUCUCUUCCGAUCCCUCUUACUAUUCCGUUACCGAGCGUCAUUCUUCCAUGUUCGACGGCCUCCGCUUCUCUGCUUCCGAUAUCGGUGGCGCCGGUGCUUUCUCUUCAAGAAUUCCUGGCGGAAUUGGUGCCUCUGUGUCGACGCACGGUGUUGAUGUUGGUGGUUCUGUCGACCCCCUCGUUGCUGGCCUCAAGCGGUCUUCUGAAGCGCUCUACCAUCCAUCUGUUCUGGGUGCCCAUAACACGAUUGGGCAAAGUGAAGCUUGGUUUUCUACCAAUUCUCUAGCCAAGCGCCCCAGAUUCGAGAGUGCCAGCAAUUUACCUAUUUAUCCACAAAGGCCAGGAGAAAAGGAUUGUGCACACUAUAUGCUCACAAGAACCUGUAAAUUUGGAGAUAGCUGCAAAUUUGACCAUCCUAUUUGGGUUCCUGAGGGUGGAAUCCCAGAUUGGAAAGAGGUUCCAAUUGUUGCUGCAAAUGAAUUCCUUCCCCAGAGGCCAGGAGAGCCAGAUUGUCCAUACUUUAUGAAGACACAAAAAUGCAAGUUCGGUCAUAAGUGCAAGUUUAACCAUCCAAAAGAUCAAAUAAUUUCUUUGGGUGCUCCAGAAAAUACUGAUGUUUUUGUUUUACCUGAGAGGCCCUCUGAGCUCCCAUGUGCGUUCUAUGUGAAGACUGGGAAAUGUAAAUUUGGUGCCACCUGCAAGUUUCAUCACCCAAAAGAUAUACAAAUAGCAUCAACUGGAAAAAAUAAUGCUGAUGGUGAACAGGCUGAAACAGGAGCCAAGGGUGCUGGAACAACUGGGGAUGUGAAGCUACCUGUUUCAGUCACUCCAGCGCUAGUACAUAACUCCAAAGGACUCCCUAUGAGACUGGGUGAAGUUGACUGUCCGUUCUACCUGAAAACUGGCAGUUGCAAAUAUGGUGCCACUUGCCGCUACAAUCAUCCAGACAGGAAUGCAAUCAAUCCACCAGCUGCUGCAAUAGGCCAUGCUAUUGUAGCCUCUCCUGCAGCUAAUCUGAAUGUUGGAGUGGUUAAUCCAGCCACAUCUAUUCUUCAUCCUAUUGACCCCAGGCUUUCGCAAACGAUGGGGGUGGGCCCCACUAUUUACCCUCAAAGACCUGGACAGAUGGAAUGUGAUGUAUGCCUUCAUUUACUUUCUAAUUUUAUUCCAACUGAUGCUACUUUUAUGGAUGAAUUUUAUAUGAAAACUGGAGAAUGUAAGUUUGGGGAAAGAUGCAAAUUUCAUCACCCUAUUGAUCGAUCUGCACCAACAGCUACAAAGUUACAACAAAAUAUUAGGCUCACUCUUGCAGGUUUUCCUAGGAGAGAGGGUACAAUUAUCUGCCCUUUCUACUUGAAGACUGGCACCUGCAAGUAUGGGGUAACAUGCAAAUUUGAUCACCCACCCCCUGGAGAGGUCAUGGCCAUGGCAACAUCACAGGGAGCAUCCACAUCUGCUGGAGAGGAAGCAAAUGGGGACGAAAAAGAGGAUGAAACUGCUAAAGAAGAAGAACAGUGAGGUUGUUGGGAAGUAGAUUUUGUUGUUACUAAUUGGGUAGUGUAUGCUUGAUGUUUCAGGAUGAAUGAUCAUGUAUGGCGUGUUUUACGUAAAUUUGUGGCCAAGUUUUUUCUAAUCAGCCUUGUAGAAGCUUUAUUGUCACAUUGUAAUAAUUUAAGUGUUUUUCUUUGAAGGAUGUGUGGGGGUCUUAUGAGAGUAAAAAGAUUUUUGGAGUAGAUUCAUAUUU